CUACGGUCCCGUCGUGCUCCGCGCUCAGGGCGGAGCCAGCCGGUUGCUAGGACUUGGCGAAGCCCAGCGCUCGCGCGGUCUCCUUUAGGUGGCUGCAGGAUUUAGCCCCCGCCGGGCCAUCCGGAGCAGAAAUGUCAGGGAAGGAGAACAACUUCCCGCCCCUGCCCAGGUUCCUGCCACUCAAGCCCUGCUUCUACCAGGACGUCGCCAGCGAGAUCCCCGCCGAGCACCAGGUUCUAGUGAAGAGGAUCUUCCGGCUGUGGAUGUUCUACUGCGCCACCCUGGUGGUGAACCUCGUCGCCUGCCUGGCCUGGUGGAUCGGCGGAGGCGCAGGCGCCAACUUCGGCCUGGCGCUGGUCUGGCUGCUGCUCUUCAGCCCCUGCAGCUACGUGUGCUGGUUCCGGCCGGCCUACAAGGCCUUCCGAGCCGACAGCUCCUUUAACUUCAUGGCCUUCUUCUUCCUCUUCGGAGCCCAGUUUGUCCUGACUGUCCUCCAGGCUGUCGGCUUCUCAGGAUGGGGCGCGUGUGGCUGGCUGGCAGCGAUCAACUUCUUUCAGACCAGCAUUGGGGCUGCUGUGGUCAUGCUGCUUUCAGCCAUCAUGUUCUCCCUGUCUGCCGCCAUGAUGGCAGUGGCCAUCAUGAAGGUGCACAGAAUCUACCGUGGGACUGGUGGAAACUUCCAGAAGGCACAGACGGAGUGGAGCACCGGUGCCUGGCGGAACCCCCCUUCCCGGGAGGCCCAGUACAACAACUUCUCGGGGAACAGCCUGCCGGAGUACCCCACCGUGCCCAACUACCCGGCCAGUGGCAGCCAGUGGCCUUAGAGGGAGCCACUGGCCAAGCUGCCGCCCGCCUUCUCUGCCACUCCCACUCCUGUUGCCCUCGGGUCCCCAUGGCCCUCCCCAGCCAGGGCCUGUGGACCCCAUGUUCCUCUUGCCCCAACAGCAGGGCCCCUGGCUAGCCCUGCCUGGCGGCUCUCUGGCUUCUGCUGUCCAGCAGGGCGUCUCUUGUUCCUGAGAACACGUGGCCACUCAGCACCCACUGUGGCAGACACAGCCUCUGUCUCCAGGUCACAGAGGGCCCAGCUGAGGGGCCCCAGCGGGACAGUGGCAGCAGGCUGUUGCCCACCAUCCAUCCAGAGUUGCUGACACAGUGUCGUCACUCUUGGCUGCUUGUGGCAUCUUUGGUGCCAACCAGGAAGAGGCCUUGCAGGGUCCAGGUCCCCUGCGGGUGGCAGAGGUUUGGUGCACGCACGUUCGGCCUUCUGUGUCUUUGUCAUCCUCCUACGUCUCUGCUCUCCUGCAGCCAGUGACUCAUGGGACCAGCCCACAGGGAUGGCCAGAGGCAGAACCCACCUCCCCAGUGACCUGCACUGCCCGUCCACCCAUCCAGCGGUCCUCCCCGUGCGUCUUGCCGGACAGGGCCUCUGGAGCUGCACUGUGGCUGUGGCAGUCCUUCCCCUCCUGGGCUAGCCCAGCUUGCACCUGCGUCCCAGGGUGUGGUCUCCCAGAGCAGGGCACGCAGGGGGCCCUGCCUCCUGCUCAGGAGCCCAGAGGACCCUGAGGGACCGCGGGCAGGCAGAGGCGGAGCCCCGGGAUGGCCCCCCAGGGCCAAGCUGUGCCUUACAGAGGACUUGUCCCUCCACUCCUGCCCUCCGGGGCACUGUGUCCUUGGAGGAGCUGGGUGCACCCUGGGCUGGGCUCAGUGGUGGAGCAGCGCCGAGCACAGGAGGCCCUGGUUCCAUCCUCAGUUCACGUUAAAAGAAUCGAUAUAAUAAAGGUAUCGUGUCUACCCACAGCUACAGAAUUAUUAAACAAAAAGGGCCAAAGUGUCUCACGGACAUGUCUGUGUCCCCUUUGGUGACAUCUGGGCAUAAAAUCUUCCCUUUGGUGGCAUUUCUGUGCUGCUGGCCAAACCUUCAUGGUGCCCAGCUGCCACCCCUUGCAGGGCAGGCCCUUCCCAGCACACUGGGGAUCACCGGCUCUCGCUAGGACCACUCAGGCCAGGCACCCACGUUCUCCACCCCAGAGCAGAGGGGAAGGCAGCCUGGUGCCAUGCAGGCCCAGGGCCCCCAGGGUCCCCAGAGCCCCACGGCCCCGGCCAGCCUCUUGCCCGCAGAAGCCUGCCCCGCCUGUGACUGUCUCCCUGGGUGGCAAAGCAGUGCAGCCACCAUGGGGAAGAGCCUCGAACUGCCAGUAGCACCUGCCCCACCCGCCAGCCCUGCACCCUCAAGACUGGUGUUUUUUGUUAGGUGGAAAUAUUCUGGAAAUAAAUCCUUUUUUUGCAUCCGA